AUGAGGCCUGAGAAGAUCGAAAUCCUUCAACUUCCGAAGUCGGUGAUUGGAAGGGUCAUCGGGAAGGCCGGGGCAACCAUCAAAGACAUCCGCGAGCGCACAGGUGCUCGGAUCGAUGCGCGCGACCAAACCGAGGACCCCGUUCAGGUGCUCCUCAGCGGCACCUUGGAAGCCUGCGAGCAUGCCAAGGCAUUGAUCUUGGAAGUUGCUGACGGCGCUCUGAUAGCAGGCGAUUCUCGUGAAGUUGGAAGGGAAGCUGCCGCCGCGGCUGCUGCGGCAGCAGCUGCCGCCGUGUCAGCACGAGCGGCUUCGGCAGCUUCAGAUGCAACUUCGCCGGCCGUAGAAGAACACCUCGAGCUCCCUCGGCACGCGACUGGCAAGGUCAUCGGAACCAAGGGCCAGCAGAUUGCCGAAAUUCGGCAAAAAAGCGGUGCACAGGUAGAUGUGGACAAGUCUCCUACGGGAUGCAGGGUGCGCUUCGUGGGAACGCAAAGCCAGGUGGAUGUGGCGAAGGCCAUGAUCAACGCCAUCAUGACUCCGCCGACAGACUCAGGUAGCGGAGAGUACCUGGAGAUUCCCCGAAGUGCCGUGGGGCGCAUCAUCGGCGCUGGAGGUACCAGGAUACAGGAGCUUCAAGAGCGCAGCGGUGCCAAGAUUGAUAUUGACCGCCAGCCUGACCGCUGCCUCGUACGUUUCGGUGGCUUUCCGGACAACGUGCAGCUGGCCAAGACUCUCGUGACCGAAGUGUUGGAAGGCAGGGAUAGGACGCAGCUAGCAGAAGCAGCAGCCACGAUGGAGAUCCCUCCAAGUGCCACCGGCCGAUUGAUCGGUCCUGGUGGCCGGCAGAUCAAUGAGAUUCAGGAGAGAAGUGGCGCAAAGAUAGACUUGGACAAGGGACGAGAUCCAUGCAUUGUGCGCAUGACGGGGUCAGCAGAUGCUGUCGCACUGGCACAGGUCAUGAUUCGAGAGGCACUGGUGCUCUGCAGCUUCAGUUUGGGCUGCAAGAAUUGA